UGUUUAACCUAGCCUACCUAAUUAAGGAACUGGGUUGGAUUGACCUCAUAGUCCAAGGCAAUUUCACGGUCUAAAGUACCGUCCGUCCGUCUGUACAUAAUUUCCUAUUCCCGAGCGGAUAAAGUUACAUCGAGAAACCAAAGGGUUAAUCCCCCAACCACCAGCACCACCAACCACCGACUAAGAUGCCGGUAUUCAGAACCCCCUUUAACGGUUACUCCGUCAAAUUCAGCCCCUUUUACGAAAACAAAAUCGCCGUUGCCACCGCACAGAAUUUCGGCAUCCUUGGUAACGGCAGAGUUCACAUUCUUCAGCUCACUCCAAACGGACCCAUAUCGGAAAUCGCCGCUUACGACACCGCUGACGGCGUUUACGACGUUUGCUGGUCUGAAGCUCACGAUUCCCUCGUAAUCGCCGCAAGCGGCGAUGGUUCUGUGAAGCUCUACGACCUUUCUUUGCCUCCCACCAACAACCCGAUUCGUGCCUUCAAGGAACAUACACGUGAAGUACACGGUGUAGAUUAUAAUACAGUGAGAAAAGAUUCCUUCUUGUCAGCUUCUUGGGACGAUACUGUGAAGCUGUGGACAGUGGACAGGAAUGCUAGUGUACGGACUUUUAAGGAGCAUGCUUAUUGUGUGUAUUCCACAGCUUGGAAUCCAAGGCAUGCUGAUAUUUUUGCAUCUGCUUCUGGGGAUUGUACUACUCGUAUCUGGGAUGUCCGUGAACCAGGGUCUACCAUGAUUCUGCCUGCACACGAGUUUGAAAUUCUCUCAUGUGACUGGAAUAAGUAUGAUGAUUGUAUCAUUGCAACCGCAUCAGUUGAUAAGUCAAUCAAGGUUUGGGAUGUUAGGAAUUAUAGAGUGCCAAUUUCCGUGCUUAAUGGGCAUGGAUAUGCAGUGAGGAAAGUGAGGUUUUCACCACAUAGAGCAAGUGCGAUGGUUUCAUGUUCAUAUGACAUGACUGUUUGCAUGUGGGAUUACAUGGUGGAAGAUGCACUUAUUGGGAGGUAUGAUCAUCACACAGAGUUUGCUGUCGGAGUUGAUAUGAGCGUUCUCGUUGAAGGGCUAUUGGCUAGUACAGGAUGGGAUGAACUUGUUUACGUUUGGCAACAUGGAAUGGACCCUAGAGCACCCUGAAAAAGGGAAGUCAAACUUUUUCUUCUUUUACUUUAAUGUACCUUAUUUUAAGAGAUGAAGUGAUACCAGAUCUUGUUUUUUAGUUUCUUAUCAUGUCUUCUGUUGAAGUUGUAAAAUAGUUUGAAGUAUCAUUGCAUUUAAGAUUAUAAUAAAACCUUGAUGAAUAACAUUUACACCCAACAACUUAGAUGUUUCAGAAAAUAUGCACUGUAUUCAAUUCCUUUGGGUUCUUUGUUGCAAGUUUGGAAUGUCAGUUCCCUGAAUUUCUUAAAUAUUCUUCAGAAGUUUAUUAGGGGCGGUGGGUGAGGUAAAAGUCGCAUAGAAGGCAAUAUCCUUCUGAUUGUCUUUCUUCAGAUUGUUUGCUUAAUGGCAAUUGAAUGACACUUUUACUUAUGUGCCUUCAACCAGACUCUUCUGGGAGAUGCAUUGCUAAUCAAUCAUGAAGACUCAUUCUUCUUAUUUUAUUGGAUCGUGUUAAUUCUUCUCAAAUUUCUUGCUUGUGGGAUCAUUAUAUUUCAAUCAAUAAGUUAUGGGGGUUGUAUUGUCUUUAUGGUGCAUUUUGAGGGAUAAUGGAUUACUCAACAUGCUCAACCACUCUCUAUCGGGGGAAAAGGAUAAAGAGUUGCUGAUGUUCAAAGUGACUUCUUAUUCGGUUUUCAAUUUUAUGAGAAGUUGCAUUGGCUAUUACGUUAUGGUAUUAAUUGAUGUGGAUUAUUUUGUGAGACUAUGGGUUGAGCCGCUGAGGUCGACAAAUGUUAAUAUUUGAAGGGUGAUACUUUUACGCGAACAUGGAG